GAUGAAGUCGCUAUUUUUCAUGCAAAGCUAUAUGUUCCAAUUAAAGGGCGAUUGGUAUUUUAAUUGGAAUAUGGGGGGCAGUUAAUGUUGUACUGUUGCCUAAUGUAGCGCAUUUGCAUGUCUUGCAGCCAAAAAUGGGAUCGGAUGCAUCUGAGCCUCUAUAUAAAUAAAGGCCAGACUUGCAAUUGGCAGACACAGACACAGCUCAGCAGCUGCCCAACACGUUCAUACCCCAUUGGCAAGAAAAACCUACUAGCCCAGGCUCAAGAUGCGCGCUUUUCUGAUGCUAUGCUUCAUUGCCGUUGCUCGAGGCCAAUAUGAUUAUUCACCCCAAUCCCAUUCUGGCGAUGGGCGUGGCGGAUUGAUCGCCACCUCUGAUGGCGGUCUUGUGCAUGGUGGCUCGGCCCAGUUGUCAGAGCCCAUACUCCAGGUCAACGAGUUUAACAAGGAGUUCUACACAUAUAGUGCACCGGAACAAGAGUUCGACAAUAGUCCCAUCAACGAUCAGAUCGCAAAUAGUCUGAGGAGGAAUCUGCGUGUUCUCUUCAUUAAGGGUCCCGAAAAUACGGGUCUGGAGCAUGCUGCACUACAAUUGGCUUCCUCCGCCUCCGAUGAUCGCACAGCCAUAUAUGUACUGAACAAACAGGCCGAUGUCAGUGAGUUGGCCAACAAACUGAACCACAUCAAGCUCCAGACUAACAACAAACCAGAGGUGCACUUCGUCAAGUAUCGCACUCCCAGCGAUGCCGAGAAUGCUCAACGUGUUAUCCAAGCCCAAUACGAUUCGCUUCCCGGCCGCUCGACCAAUCAUAAUGCCGGCUCCUCAUCUCCCGUCUUGGACUUUACCACAAAGAGCGGGACAGGGGUUGUUGGAUUAACUGCAGCCGAGCUGCCUUCGAAUAGCGCGUACUUGCCACCAAGUCGUAGGUUUUAG